AUGCAGGGUCAGCUGUGGGAGAUUCUGGCUGACAACGAGGAUUCCAUGGCGGAAGCCUCGAUAUGGGAUUCUUUUCUGCAAAAGGCUUUUCAUCUAGACUCGCAAUAUCACAGAAGGCACGAUGUAUUUCUACUCGCAAAAUACGUAGUGGAAAGCGGUGAAAUAGAGCACAAUGGGUCGCACGUGCCCCUGCCUGAAUUUUGCUCCGCAAGCGAGACCAGGGUCUGUCACCUCGUGAAGCUUCUCCCGACACUGAAUGAGCUGCUCUACUACUUAGGGGCUGAAGUGACGGAAGUAGCACCCGGCAGAAUUGCGGCGCGCUGCUACAGAAGCAUUUAUCUUGAACUGACCAUCGAAUCCGGGUUCCGAAUGGUAGAAGCAGUGAUGGUCCUCUACUGCAUCGUCGCUAAGCACCGCUGCAUCGACAUUCUUGAGGUGACGCUGCAGCCCCGGCAACAAUAUGACAUAAGUUCACUAAUGUCCUGCGUCCUACAGCGGAUGUCUUCACUUCGCAGCUUUGCUCUGAAGGGUUCUGAGCUAACCGAUGACGCGACCACUAUUGCCUUCAAAGCCAUUGCUCGUUUGUUGCGAUCGCAACUAGCUGAGCUUUCUCUGGAAUGUCUAGAUCUGGCCAAGCCUUCCCAGAAGGCGUGCGCUUCGCUAGACGCUUUCGAGACGGCACUAUCGGCGAGUAGGAAGCUCAAGCGGCUCAAAAUCGUCGAGGUUCUCAUCGAAAGCGAGGUUUCAGCCGAGAUGUUCGACUUCGUUGGAAAGGUGUCACAUGCCCUGACCAACAACACCAGCAUCAGGUACCUCACCGUGGACGGAUCGUUUCCUGCACACCAACGUGGUGAAACAUUCAAGCGAAUGCUUGCCAGUUCGUCGGCUCCUACAGAGCUUACAGUGUUGGGUCGCCGUCCCUGUCACCGCUUGCAGUCGAAUUUUGUGUUCGAAGCACUCGUCAGCAACAAAACAGUGACCACCCUCGUCAUUGACAGCUUUAAAAUAGGUUUCUUUGAUUCCGAAAGACUGCUCGAGUUUCUUGGUUCAAACAACACCAUUCGAGAUGUGUCACUAGUGUAUACUGAGUGA